CACACACACACACACAUACAGAGAGAGAGACACACAUACACAUCUGCUUAAACAUUGCAACAUUUACAGUUCGCAUAAUUUUUAUGCAACGUUUGUUGUAGAUAUCAACUCUUUGGUAGAUGAUUCUGUAUUAAUAUAGAAAAAAAAAGAAUUUUAAAGCUCACAGUAUUUUAAUUCGCCUCAGUUAUUACAGGAAAUGUAAUAUAAAUAUGACAGUUUGACAUGCUUUCAUAGUUUUCAUGUUUUCACAGAUGAUUUCAGUCACUGUUGGGAUCUUGCUGUGACUGAUGCAGUCUAGGAACAUCUUCAUUAACACACAAAGAAGCUUCUGCUUGUUGUUGGAGCUCAUCGGAUCUUCAUGUUGGCGUUCGGACAUCUAUUUGUAGGAGGCGUGGCUUUAAGAAAGUCUCCGUCAUGGAAUCAGCCAGUGCUGCUGCCAAUCAUCUUCUGGCCCCACCCACAUCCCCUUCUAGUUUGAGCAGGAUCUCACUGGCCAAUGAGAGCCAGGGUUUUGAGGAAGAGGGCGGGGCUGUUGUCUCUUGUCCGUCAUUACCUGACCACGCCCCUAAUGGUGCCCUGCCCCUGGCUCCUCCCCUUCCUCCACCCCUGCCCAUUGGAAACCCUGCGGAGAGGAAGAGGAGGGUAAAGAGUUUCUACUGGAAACCGAUUCCUGAGGAUCGUGUGAAGCAUCAGGACGGGCCGAACCUGUGGAGCUUCGACCGGAGCAGCAGGGAUCCGCUCCACAUUGACAUCAGGGCCAUCGAGGAGCUGUUCGGACACGAGGACACGCCGCCAGCCUCCACGACCAGCACCACGACCAGCACCACGACCAGCACCACGACCAGCACCACGAUCAGCACCACGAUCGGACGAAGACGCGCUUCUGUGAAAGAUCUCAGACCACAGAUCACCAUCCUGGGCUCCAAGAGAAGCUUGAAUAUCUCAAUUUUUCUGAAACACUUCAAAAAGUCCACUGAGAGUCUUCUGGAUGAUAUUCUUCUUGGAAACACGGGCAUCUUCAGUGUGGAGUCUCUCAGAGAGCUACUGAAGCUCCUGCCGGAGGAGGACGAGGUGAAGAAUCUUCAGAUGUUCAGUGGGAACCCUCAAGACCUGGCUCCGCCUGAUGCCUUCAUACACCAGCUCAUCCGAUUACCCAGGUAUGAGGUCCGUCUCGAGGCUCUGCUGUUAAAGGAAGAGUUUUUCCCCUCAUACACCGUAAUGAAACAGGACAUGACCAUCAUCCUGAGUGCCAUUAAAGGUGAUCUGCUGAUCUGUGAGGAGCUUCACAAUGUCCUUCAUUUAGUGCUGCAGGCUGGAAACAUCAUGAAUGCUGGUGGCUCUGCUGGUAACGCCGUGGGCUUCAAACUCUCCUCUCUGCUUUUACUGGCUGAUACUAAAGCCAACAAACCUGGAAUCAACCUGCUGCACUUUGUCGCUCUGGAAGCUCAGAAGAAAGAUCUGCUCAUGUUUCCGGAUAAACUUCAGCAUGUUCAGCAAGCAGCGCGAGUGUGUGUUGACAGCAUUCAUGAGGAGUUUGACGCUCUGACCAGAAGAGUUCAUCAGUUACAGCAGAACAUCCACACAGAUGAUGAGCUCCUGCUGCAGCUGCAGUCCUUCCUACAGAGCGCUGCUAGAGCUCUGGAGGAUUUGAGGAUCAGUAUUGAUGAGGUUCAGAGGGAAGGAGAUGCUCUGAUUGAUUUCUUCUGUGAGGACAGAGAUUUGUUCAAACUGGACGAGUGCUUACGAAUUUUCCAGAAUUUCUGCUCCAAAUUCAAGAAAGCAGUUCAGGAGAACAUGGAGCGAGGAAUGUGGGAGGAGUCUAGGCGCAAGCGUCUGAAGGAGUCAGAAGACAAGCAGCACUCGUGGGCGGGGCUUGAGGGUGUUGGCGGAGUCUUCGGUUUGCAGUCCAAUAGUAAAGUAGAUGUGGUGGCGGCGUUAAAGAGGAAGGGGCUUAUGAAACAGCUUGAGACAAGCCCUGAAAGUUUGUAUUGCUCACCACAACAAAACAACGUGACCCUUGACUCCUGUGGAACGGAAACACUCGUACUUCCUCCAAUACACUCGCUGUCCAUCACAAAUGUGACAGAGGAGAUUGAAAUUAAGUCUCUUUCCAUACAGGAAUCCCAGAACAACGACCUUCAAACACAAAGUCAGGAAACACUGGGAAAUAAAGAAGUAACUCCAAACAUGACCUUUCACCCUUCACAAAUAAGUUUAGUGGUAGAACCAGAGCUCAUUAAUGACAAAUCAGAGGGAAAAACUAAAGAUAAUGUCUGGCCUACAACAGAGUCACUCCAAACAAGCGCUGGAGUGAAACAAACAAUCAGCAAACGAACCUUCGGCCCUAAAAACAGAGCAUCUCUUUCUGUGAAAUCGCCUUCAUCUUCCACUAAAGCAACCUCAUCAUCAUCAUCAUCAUCUCCUAAAUGUGUGAGCUCCUCUGAAACCGCGAGUGUGAGGAAGCUCGUUCCUCUCCGGCAGCCCAGUAGUUCUGUGAGGAUUCAGGAGCGACCCGGUGGAAGCGUCCUCAACGUCGCGAAGAAGACGCCAGCGGUUCGACCGGAGGAGAAGAUGUGUCGUGCUACACUUCGAGCCCUCGACCGUCCCAGUCCUCAAACCUCUGCAUGCAAUUCCACGCUCAAACCACCAAGCUUCACUCGCAACACUGUGGCGUCAACAACACGACACAGCACCGCUCCUGGAAACCGGUCUAAAGCUCCUCCACUGACCCACGCGGCUUCACUCAGGCUCUCUCAGGUCCUCAAGCCGAAGGAGACGCCUGCAGAAAGUGUUCGCCCAUCGCCCCCUGCUGGACGUCUGAGGAAGAGCAGCACCGCCGCCUCUCAAAGCUCAGUGUUUACUCCUGGGUCACGUGAUAAAAACGUCAAACCCACCUGGAGGUAGAGAGACAGUUAUUCUAGCACCGUCUCUCCUGCUCACCAAGGCUGCAUUUAUUUGAUCAGAAAUGUAGUAAAAACAGUGAAAUAUUAUUAGAAUGUAAAACAGCUGUUUUCUCUGUGAA